AUGGGUGGCGGAACGAUAACGGAAAAAUUAUUAAAAACGUUAACGAGUAAUUCGGAAGAUGGAAAAAUGUCGUUGAAAUCCGAAAGACCCGAUAAUAAUCUAAUACAAAUCCAUCAAAAUUUAAUACAGAGAAAAAAUAAUAAUAAAAUACAUAGAGAAAAAGAUACUUCCGGUGGAAAUGGCGGUUCGCCUUUAGGUAAAGGAAAUAACGAUGGAAGAAGGAUAAACAAACCGCUUAUGGAAAAAAGGAGGAGAGCGAGAAUCAAUCAAUCCCUAGCAAUACUCAAAGCAUUGAUAUUGGAUUCGACGAAAACCGAACAAAACAACACGAAACAUUCCAAAUUGGAAAAAGCAGACAUAUUGGAAUUAACCGUUAGACACUUGCAACGUCAAAAAAUAUUAAACGCGGAUAUAAUAAAUAAAUACAAAGCCGGAUUUGAAGAGUGUACGAAAGAAGUUAAAACGUUUUUAGAUAAUCUAACAGACGUGAACGUUAUCAAUAAUCCUUCACCCGCCAUUGAUUCAACCCUUAAACAAAGAUUGUUCAGACAUCUCGAACAAUGUCUCGGAGAACUAGAUUUGAAUUUUAAAUUUGCAAAUUAUAUGGAAAACAAUGGAAAAAUCAUCGAGUCCGAACCUGAAAUCAUACGCAAAAAGCGAAGUUUGCUACAGGAAGUACCCGCGAAAUAUUUUUCCGCAAAAAAAGCCAUCAUGUUGAAUUUUUUAAAUGCCAAAGAUGAGAAAAAUAAAUUAAAAUCAGACGACGAAAAUUCAUACGUGGAAAAUUUCGAUAAACGUGAUAAUAAUAAUCAAAUAUUAAAAACCACCGCCGCCGAUAAUCAAACGAGAAUGAAAAGGGGAAACGAAGAUUCGGAAAACAAUUACAAAAAUCAAUAUUCUGUUCUACAGGAGGAGGAAGAGGAAGAGCAGGGAAAUCAAACAUCCGGGAAUAAAAAUAAUUCUUCUUCUCAUUACCCAACAACAACAAAUUCUAAACAUGAUUUCAUACGUAAAAAUUCUAACAAUUAUUUAGUUAAUUUAAUCGAUCUUCCCAAUAGAAAUUCAGGUACGACGGAUGACGUCACGUCGUUUAGAAACGAUGAUGAUGAUAACGGCGACAGUUUAUUAAAUUCUGAUCAACCUUUGGAUUUUACAUUGCACAGAAGAGAAAAUUAUGAAUGUGACGACGGAUCCGUUUGGAGGCCCUGGUGA